UCUGCUCGUGGUGGUGGAAUGAACAGGGCUGAUAAGAUAUUGGGACUUAGUCGUCGAACCGGUUCCCAUGUGGAAGCAUUCCUUUCUCCGUUGUCUCAGUUUGGCUGAUGUAGUGUCGUCUCACUAGCCAAGUCUACUCCUCAACAGCACCAUUAAAUCUCUCACAGACUCAAUAAUUUACGGGGGCAAAGUGACAUUUCCAUUAAUCCUACAUAGAUCAAUCCACUACUAGUAAUAUAACACUACAUCUACACUAAAGUGGAAUUUUCGCAACCUUAUCUGCGUUCCUCUGGUUGCUUCUUCUGUAUGUGACGUGUGAGUUGCAGCCCAUUGUGUAACACAGACUGGUACAUACGUCGUGUAAGUGUAAAAUUGUAUCAAGAGUACUCAAAGUUAAAAUCAUCCACCAUCAUUUGUGACUCGUGUAAGUUUCUUAUUCAAACCGGUACACACCUGUCAAAAUCAAUCCUUGCAGAAUGUCAUGGACAGUCAUAGUCAAUGCAACUUCAGGGCGAGCUGUUAGAGUGUAUUUACUUCCAGCCAGCGACGGCCCGAGGUCAUUUAACCCUUCAAUCACAGGGUCCUUUGAAAACUGUGACCUGUUUUUAGACCAAGCAUAGAAGAGGAGGAGGCGAAAGUGAACAUUUGCAGUUCACAGUUUAAAGAGACAACUUUCCCCACUCUCGACUUUCACCUACUCCACAAAAUCGUCUGAAUUUAGCGAGCGCCUCAACUCUACAGGGUAACACUUGCAAAUUGAUGGAUCAUCAAAGUCUGAAUAACUUUGUAACAAACAUCAAUGCCUGAGUGGCUGGGUGUUGAUGAUGGAGAGGGCCAUCUAAUGUGCAUAUGUGUCACACAAAGGGUAAUGUGAUAAUAUGUGAGAAGAUAACCUAGACAGGUUUAAUUAAUUAUAAACUCAUUACCACUUUUGACGUGCAUUCAAUUGAAGGACAUAUUUGCAGCCCCUUCGUGUCUACAUACUCGGCUGGUUGGAGAGUCAGCGUUCAAAAAACAGAGUUGAAACACAUAAAUGAUCUUUGACUUGACACUCGUCUUUGUCUGCCCUGUGCUGAUUGAUGACAGGAUCCAUACAUCAUCAAAAGUGACUUGGUUCAAGAUUAAGCCCGUUACGUACUCAUUAAAUAUAAACUUACUCAAUCUUAAUUCUUAUUCUUACCACAAGGCCAAAAGUUGCAUAACAGAGUUUGUAAAUUAACACAUUUCUUGGGCUGGGAAAAUUACAUCAAGUUGAAGUGAAAUCAGUACAAAUCGAAUUACUGAUUAAUCAAUUUAAUAUACUUGCGUACAUGGUUUUACGGACAAUUUAUUGGUUUUAUUCGUGAGCAAUUUUCAUAACUUUGUAAAACUUUAUUACAGCGAACCACCUCAUCAUCUGAUUGCUUUUACCAGAUAAAUCCAUUUACGUGCUAAAAAGAUCAUCUCCCUGAGACCACCAAUUAAUAAUCACCAAUAUUACUACCACCUCCAGCAAGUUAUUUGAAAGAGACGUGCGCAAUUAUUAGAUUAUUUCUAAUUGCAAGAAUAAUUAAUUGUUACAUAACCUUCUCAUCAUAAUUGACUUACCUGUGCUUAUCUUUAGUCAAUACAAAUAUCAGUUGUCGUCAAAGUUAAGACAGUUUUAUCUCCUCCUGUAAUUAUAGGACAUAUGUAUGUACAUAUUGUAGAGUGUAAAAGUAAAUAUUUAUCGUAACAUUAAUGAGAAAUUAGGGUUGAGAUUAUGACGAGUCUUAUGAUGGUGGUAAUCUUGUAGAUAUUUAGUUGGAAAAGAAGAUUGUCCAAAGUGCGUGAUGCAGACAGGGUCUAGAAGCCGAAUAUCGGAGUUUGGCAAGUAUUGAAAGUGGAAGUAAUAAAAUUUAAGGUGCAAUAAUAACUGAUUCUACUGACUGACUCACUACUGCAUACUGUAAGAGGAACUGGCUCUCUGUGGUGUCUGACGGCAUUGAUGCUGGAAAUGGGCCAUAAAAAGUAAAUACUUUUUGUGAGCUGAAUGAUAAUGACAAGUAUGGGUGACAAUGCCCAAUUUGUAUUUUCUGAAUUACCACGAAAGUGAUUUAUCUCGUAGGAUGUUGGUCGAAAUCAUCACCAUCUAAGAUACAACAGAGUGCAUAAAACUGCACACCAAAAUGUGAAGCGAGUAUAGAAAAUAGCAGACUUUCUCCUUCCCCAUUCUGCUUCUGAGUUGAAAGAGUGUACUUCAGCAUUCAGUUUCUGAGUGUCCGGCCUUCGAAGGCGAAAGGAAGGAAGCACGAUAAUACGUUCUUGGAAUGCGAUGCAACUAGCUCUUAUCCCUACAUUGUGACGACUUAAUCACGUGAUUGAUGGGGUUUUGAUCUCACCAUCGAGCCCUUCAAACGGGAACUUUGGGAUACCUUCCGUCUACCUAUUUCUUCAAGCAUCCCACUUGCACAAUUUCCUCCAGGCCUCUUGAGGGAAUAUCUAAGGAAAGGACACACUCAAAUUCUGAAGAGAAGAGUGAAUGGCGUGAAGAACUGUUUCUCUGAAUAAUUUCCCACAUACUUAUUCUCGUUGAGUGAGUUAAGGGAGGAGGAGACGACGAUCAAGCAGCGGAUCUGUCUGUGGGGUGGUGGUGGCAGACCUUCGGAGAUGCCCAACCGACCGCACCGCAACGACGUGACCAGGGAACCUGAAGCUAAUAAGUUCGUAGUUGGUGCUCCAAGAAAGCCACCUCGCACUCACUCCACUUUCUCCUCCAUCCGUUUCUCCCUCAUUAUAAAUACAAUAGUCAGUUUGUUUAUAAUACAUGUUUGUGCUUGAAAACGUGUGCUCCAUGACCAAGUAGCAGAUUAGUGGAUGAACAAUAUUGGAACACGAAGAGGAGGAGGUAUACUUCAUAGUGAAACGUUAAACCUCGACUCUGAUCGCUUGUGUCAAGAUGUGUGUUUGGAUAAUAAUGGGAAAAGAGUUACUUGUCAUGCCGGUGGUGGGUGUGGGGACUGAUUGAAAUGUUGGAAAAUGAACUGUCACAUGAGAAUGUCGCACAUUAUUUUGCUUUUGCUUUGGACGCUUUGCUACAGUGGAACUGGCAGCAGCAGAAACAAUGACAAUGGUCAAAGUGACACUAGUACAACCUCAGGUAACAGAAAUGUGAGUAUCACGGCGUCAUCAACGCAACCACUACAUAACUUGAGCCCUAAGGGAACAAACAAGUUACAAUUAGUUACCACUGUCACCACUCCCAUUCCCAACAACGAGGCUGUACAGAAGGAGCAGCUAAAAAUUACAGUAAGAUCAAAACUAUGGUCCCCGUAUAGGAAUGUUGUGGAUGAUUUCCUUGAGGAAAAUGAGGACGACGAGAGAAUCAGCACAGCCCCUUCGACUUUCUCCACAGGAAAAAGCAUUUCUACACAAAGUCAAAGUGGGGGCAAUGAAAUACAAGCACUUAAUGACGAGAAAAUGUCAGAUAGCCCUCAAAAACGUCCAAUUAUAUCCUCAAUCAGACAUUACCGGUCAAGGAAAAGCUUCGUGCGGACAAGGAAGACUCCUUCGGACCCUAGCAUCGUAAAGUCUCAGUCCGACCUCACGGCUAAAAGCAGUCAUGUAGUAGAUUUAGACGAUGAAGAACAAGGCGAUCAACCAUUUAGCCACGCUUCUACUGAUGCGAAAGUUGCAUCUGGUGGUGUUCGAAGCUUUGGAAAACUAGUAGAGGGAAAACCAAGUACCAAAACUGGACAAAGCAGUAGUAGUACUACGACCAGUAGUAGUGGCAGCAUUUCGGUUGAAACUGACGGAGAAAUGGUUUAUGGAAUUCCAUAUUUCAUCUCACCAACAGUCAAAGUAGGCAACACGUCCACAAAAGCACAAAAAAUUGACAAGUUACUUUUGCCCAAAAAAACCCUUAUGCCCAUCAUCACUUCUUCCAAUAUCAGGAACAGUAGCAUCAGUAGCAGCGAUCGUAGGAUAGCAUCUCCCGAAUCAUACUCCACGGACACCAGGUAUGGAGCACCCGUGUUGCAACCAACUUUAGAUAAUAAGUUUACAACAAAAGACAGUAGUGUCAACUCGAGUAACAAGGCACGACAACAACAAAUUUCUCCUCAACCAACCAAGAAAGCUAAAGGUGGUGGAGGUGGAGGUGGGAAGAGAUCAAGAGGGGGAAAGGCUGCUGGGACGAGAAAACCAGAAUAUGCGGAUGGAGAUGAGAACAAAGCCCCAGAUGAUGACGGUUUUGGCCGAAUUUCAUCUUCCCCCAAUCCAUCACUAUCUCUGGAUAAGCGAAGAAAUGGGAAAAAGAAAAAAAUUGGAGGAGAUUUUCAGCACGAUGCGUUCAGAAAAGUAAAGGAGAAAACGAGGAAGGCUUCUCGUCUGCCUGCUGAUAUCCGAGACCAAUCGGAUUAUAAAUCUAAUUACAAUUUGGAGCCCCUCAGUAAUGAUAAUGAUCCUAUGGGAGGUGGUGGUGGUGCUGCCUCACCAGAAACACAGGACCAAAGUCGUCCAUGGGAGAACUUGGCCAAUAAUGGCGGCGGCGUUCACGUUGAAUCGGAAUAUUUUCCCAAUGCCCUAGAUGAAGGCACUCGUGAACGCAGUGGUGCGUUUAAGGAUGAUGAUGACGAAGCCUCAAAUCCUGUCGAGUCUGAUGAUGAGUACGAUCACGUUGCCACCAGCUCUGCCAGUCCAUCGCAGAAUGAAAAACCAGGAUCAGACAUUGUGACAGUAUUUUUGCGAAUAGUCGAGUCUCAACACACUCUUGGAGCGAAUUGCACGCGAGGUACAGAUUUUAACUUGGGCGAUGGAGUUGUUGAUCGCUACGCCCAAGAGAGAUUUAGACUUGAGGCUGAGUUGACUGUAAACCGUGCAAAUAUGUUGACUCGGUUUUGGAAAUAUGCUGAGCCAAAAUCUCUCGAAGAUGAAUACCUUCUCCACGCGAUGGUUAUCUCCCUGAUAGAAUUUGAUGAGGAUAUUUUUGCAGCUGGCAACUGCUACGAUGAGAACCAGUACAAGAAUUACACACUGUUUUGUCCGUACGGGUAUCGUGAACAGGACGGGUCCAUCCUUGUGAAAGACCUUUCUCUGGAAUAUCCGUAUCUCAGCAAUACUUCUGAAUGGUUCUACAAGGCUCGGAAAGACGCGGAAAUCGUCAUCAAGAACUACAACCAAUUUAGACGAGGUUCCCACAGCUUCCGUUGGAAUGAAACGAAUUUGGUUGAAGAAGAAAUCUUGAACGUAACAUAUGAGGAUGGGAAAUGGAGCAAACCUUACUUCGAUUGUGGAGGAGGGAAUAUUUGGAUGAUAACUUACAUGGUUCCGUUCUUUGGCUAUAACGGCCACAAUGAGACAUAUUAUUUCAAAGGGACAAGUGGGAUCGAUAUCGAUUUGAGAAGAGUUGAUAUUGACCAGUGUCCAUUACCAGCCAAUUCAACGGAGCUCAACAUAUUCGCAGCUUCUGACAAAUGUAAAAACGCUACAACCAAGUGUGUGCCACUAAAAGGACUCGGAUUUCGACGUGGAAGCUAUCGAUGUAUAUGCAAGGAUGGGUUUUACUUUCCCAAUGUCUCGUCGGCACACAAGUAUUUCAAUGGCACUCUGCUCGAGGAGGAGUAUGAAAAAAAGUUUACUGGAUUCUGGCAGAACGAGACGAGUCUUUACGACAUGGACGGCCUAUUCGAGUGCCUCCCGUGUCCAUUUGGCUGUGAUACCUGUGUUGACGAUAGGCCCUGUGUCGUUUCACUCAACUGGUUGAUGAGAACUGCAAUUCUCAUCCUCCAAGGCGCAAUUAUUGCCAUGCUGCCGAUAGUCGGACUUUUCACUUACAAAUACUCUAAUGUUAAGGUUGUCCGCGCAGCAAGCCCAGUUUUGCUACGAUUCAUCGUCCUUGGAGCUUUCUUCAUCUACUGCACCAUUCUGGUGAAUUAUCCGAGUCCAAGUGUAAUAACCUGCACUCUCAGAGUAUGGUUACGGGAGAUUGGUUUUUCUCUGGCCUAUGGAAGCCUACUUCUCAAGACAUGGAGAAUUUCCGUCAUCUUUCGAGUUCGAUCGGCCAAAGCCAUAAAGAUAACAGAUCUUGAUUUAAUGAAACGAUUGGGCGCCAUCGUCGGUACAUUUACUUCAUUACUUGUGAUAAGAACCCUGGUUGCACCUCCCAUUGCAAUCGUUAGCUACACUGCGGACGAACUUAAGGCUUGGCUGUGUAAAAGCGAUUGGUGGGACCAUUCCAUGAUGAUCAUGGAGCUCUGCUUCCUGGUUUGGGGUAUCCGCCUAUGCAUCGUCGUCCGCAAAGCUCCGUCGGAAUUUAAUGAAAGCAAAUUUAUUUCACUCGCCAUUUACAAUGAGUUUCUACUCUCACUCUUCCUCAACAUUUCAAUGCUCUUCCUUCAGUCACCAGCCAACCCAGACCUCCUUUACAUCAUUUUCUUCUGCCAUGUCCAAUUCACCAUGACGCUUCUCCUAUGCCUCAUUUUUGGCAGUAAAGCAUACAUAGUUUUUCGAGGACAGGGGAAAGGAGGUUCGGACGAGUCCAGUAGAGUGCCAACAUCAAAAUUCAUUAGCAAGAGUAGAUCUGGCCAAACCACAAAACAAACCAGUGCACACAAUUCCACCACCGGCCUUCAUUCCUCGACCACUUCCACCAGCCACGAUCCAAAUCUCAACUCGAGGUUAUCCGAGGAUGUGCAGGAAGAGUUUCGUCGUCUCUACUUUCAAUUAGAAGAGUUGAAGGAGAGGAACAUGAGGCUAGGAAAUCGACACUUGGUUGCCAAAAUAGCAGCAAUGCAAGAGGCAGCCGACAAUAUUCUUUGCACAUCAGCUCAAAUCAACGGUCAACAAACAGGCUCAGGGUCUUCGCCUAAUGUAAAAGGCAAAUCCGGCGUGCUUUCAGACAUCUCAGAGGAAAAUCCAGAGGAAAAUCCUUCGCUACCCCAAUCCACGGCCCAAACUCCCAAGUUGUUAGAAGCAACAGGGAAUCCUCCAGAAUUUUUUUCCGGAAACCCUGCUGCUGAAUGUGAAGAGGAGGACCAUCGAUUUACCACCACCAUCAACAACUCUCCACUGAAGGACCCACUUUCGACUACGACGGACGUGGCGGUGGAAGAUGGAGAUCGCGGCCAAAUAAGUCAAAGUAAGUCAAAAGACGACGCUAGAAGGAAGCGGAGAGACGUGGUCCAGUUUAAAAAUCUGGAGCUUCAAGACACAAAUCUGGAUGAAGUGGAUUCAGAGGAGGACGAACGUGGAGUCAAGUUCGACUUAGGAGAGGACACUGCGAGGAGUGACAUCAAACCGGAUUGCAUAAACGAUGCCGAUGCCUUCGAGAGUAAUAAGGAGGGUUGUGAGAACAUUCCCAUGCAGUCACUCAGGAAGAGACGGCAUAAACAGAAGCAGAGCUCCACUAAUCCCACCGACUCACAAAGUGCUAUGCAUUCCUCCUCCUCAGAAAUUGGAAAACAACAAAAGUCCCAAAAUCACAGCGGAACAAACAAUUCAAAAUUGGUCCUUGAUUUAGAUGAUAAGUCCAGAUUUACCGAGGAAAUCACAGUAUGACUGUAAAAUAGGCGGUGACCAUAUUGGAAACUACUUACGAAACUACCUCCACGAAACAUCACUUGUUAAAGGUAUAUGUACACAGACAUAGUAAAAUAGAACAUGUUCAAUACUAUGCAAUCUACCAUCGUCGCAUUUACAAACGUACGCACCAUGCAUAUACUUUUCCUAUAUCAGACAAAGUGGCCUAUGUAGCACCGUUAUGUAAACUUUCACCAACCAUUCUGCCCCACGGAUGUUAAGCUUUGUGUCUUAUGCCUAUUUUUAUACUAACGGGAAAUUCAAUGGGUCUCCGCCUUUGAGCUUUUGAUUUUAAUACACCAACAAGCUUGUUGAGCACGAAGCAAGAGUCGAAGAAAGUUGUUUGCAAAUACUACAGACACACGAGCGAACGACACUCCAUAUGCUCCUCUCUCCUUCCGUGUUCCUCUGGAGAGAGCGUUAUUGAUCUCUCUGUGGUGCAGUUUUGCAUCCAUAAUUAUAGCUUUCUUCAUGUUUCUCAAUCUCUCUUACAUGCAAAGGUACGAAUACGAUUCAUAUGUAGCAUGUUUCAUCCAUGCCGGAAUUCAGCAAGUAGUAAAUCAGCUGGUAAAUAUGUACAUACAAGACAGAUUCGAAUCAAAGGAAGUCAAUUUUAUAUGCGACGUGUGUCGUGUGUAUGAUACACACGACAGAUGUAUAAAAUAUUUCAAAUUCCCAUUCACUGAUAUCACUGCAUGAAGUAAAAGUGUGUUCGAUUGAAGAGAUCAAAGUUCAGAUAGUACAUACCAAACAUGCAUUUUAAACAUUAUUAUUUCAUGUACACAACUACCUCACUACUUGCUCCACAACUUUUGAGGUUUGAGCUGAAUUUCGAGAACUGCUCUAAAAUUAUUGUUGCGGGUUAACUUCAUAAAUCUCAUAAUGCCCAUAAUUGGCGAUACGGGUUUUCCAUGUUGACUCUGUCUGUCGCUAAAGGGCCAAAUAUGCAAAUGAGGUGAUACGCUGGAAUAAUUCUAGUAUACAUAUUACGGUCAAGGUUGAUGUGGGCACUAUUCUGGAUCAAAAGUACAUAAAUAAAUUUUUCCUUGCUAGUCGAGUCUACAGGACACGCGUAUUACAGUAGUUGAUGCCAAAGAAGCAAACAAUACAGAUAUGUAUUUCUUGCAUAAUUGUUUUGGUGAGCGUGAUACAAGCAUUCCUGCUGAAACCAUAUUUAGCCAGCAAUCAUUACAUACAGAUACUUAGGAUUAAAAUAUAGAAGUGUGAGGGAGACUUUUUUUUACUAAACAAUGCUCUAUAAAGUUUUCUAAUUAAAUUCCGAUUCGAUGAAUCAUUUUAUCACGGGUUCAAAUUGCAAAGUGUAAAAGUAGGAAAUUCAUGAACCAAGAUGAACUUUAGUGAGAGGAGUUUUCUGCUGAAAGCUGUUUGUAACACGACUGCAGCAGAGUACUACCUUCAAGAAUUUAUAAUGUACCUUCAUUCAUAAUACAUAUGUCCUAUAUGAAACCCACGCCGACAUGCAGGAAAUCCGUUCCGAACAAUUUCAUCCAGAAUUAUAAUGCUCGGAACUGAUGGAAAUUGAGCCUAUUUCUACUAAUGCUGAAUGUGUGAAGUUAUGAGUUGAAAGCCAUGUUCAUAUUUCGAAUGUCCCUAUUGAGAUAUUUGGAAGAAUGGUGAUGGUUUCGUAAUACAUAAUAGCGACUACAGAUAUAUAUAGACCACGCCUAAUUAAGCGGAAUUGAUAAACUUAAUGAUUUGCAGUUAUAUGUAAUGAUAACGAUUACUGAGUCUGUGUGCACCACAUUAACGAUGAUAUUAUUGAUGCAUGAACAUUAGGCAAUUCAAUUUACAUUCUCUCUACACCCCUGAAAGACUUAGCUUUAUAAUGCAUAGGAAACCUGAAAUGUGCUAAUAAUGGUGACUAAUGUUGCAAAGAUCGUAUAUUAUCGUCUAUCUAUAUUGUCCGUAUACAUAAUAUGCCCGAGGAAAUAAUCUGUGAUUUAGGUUAACCAAUUUAAAUAAAUCUGUUUUCAAUAAUUUCCGUAAAAAUGUUUAACAACGUGGUAAUAGGAUAAUACAACUUUCUCCUGAAUGAAUUUCUGCGAUAUGUCCAACUCUUGUAUGCCAAGACAUUCUACAUAAAUGUGUACAGUGCUCGUUGACUUAAUACUGUUACACAUGUAUAAUAAAUGUUAUUUUAAAGUUUA